AUGACCGGAGAAGAACUAGCGGGCCCACCAGCGCCGAAGCUGCUCCGUCUGCUAUAUUUCGUCGGCGCCGGAUUCAUUUGCACUGUUGGGGUUAACAAAUGGCGUGAGCUGCAGCGGAAGUCGGUCAUUUUGGAGCAGCAGAAGCAGAAGCAGCUGGCCCGGAAUACCGCAAAUGCCCUUGAAUGAUGUCUCAGGUGACGCUUGACGAGUUCAACAAACUUUUGACUUCAGU